UGCUGCUUUAAACUGACUUCAGUUUUCUUUUAAGCAAAAGUCAAACAUCUGCUAACUGGUUUUCACAACAUAAUCCUGCAUAAUUUAAUGGAAACCAUAAUGGAUGCCUGGGACGGAAUGAAUUUAAAUGGUACAUAAUGCAUAAAAGUCAUAAAAAUGUAAUGUGUGCAGCAGAUACAACCUGCUAACAUUUUCUCUUCAUCUUUCAGGCUGCUCCUUCAGUAUUUUCCCAGUUUCUGCUAACAAUUGGUGGAUAGUGAUCACUAAGAAUAACUGGGCUCACCGUGGGACUGGCCUGGACCAGCCUCAGAUUCCCACGACCCCUCCUCUACACAUACAGACACAAAUCAAAACACAAGCUGCAGAGGCGCACAAGCAGAGCGGACACACAGGGAGGCAGAGCGGCUUUGCACCACUUUUAGUAAAAGACUGUUAUUUACUAUAAAAGCUUCAUUUCAGGCUCCGCAGUGUCCGCUGUUGGGCUGGAUCACACAGUCAAGAAAAGGAUUUUUUAAAAACGUAGAUGGACUCCAAGUGAAAGUGUGGAUUGAACACACGGAGGAGUGGGAGGAAUAACGCAACUCAUGGUUAUUUAUUUUGAUGAUGCCGAGGAGCCCGUUUCUGCUUCGGAUUUACCUCCAAAACAAGUUUGAAGCCCGAGGAUGACGGCAACCAGUCCUGUCUCCAGCCGCGCCUCCUCCCACUCCUCACCUGGUUGCAUCCCAGCAUGCCAGAGGCAACUGAGGAAAGGCAAGACCCUUCAGACCAAACUGCACCUGCGCUCUGGCCCAGGUGUGUGGCUCCUGCUGGGUGUCAUGGUGGUUUUGGUGGGGAUGUCGGUGGCGGUGGUGGGCUACGUAUCUGCACCACCGAAGCGGGUCACUAGCGGCCCAGUCACCCCCAUCGACAGGAUGAAGCUAGCUGGGCCUGUGGUCAUGGGCGUGGGGCUGUUCAUCUUCAUCUGCGCGGCCACGCUGCUCUACGAGAACCGGGAUCUUGAAGUCCGCAGACUGGACACACCUGAUGACCUGGAGGACCUGAAGGGAGGAGACGGCUGGGAGGAUUCGCAGGAGCAGCCCAGCUUCAGCUGUGAGGAGCCGUGGGAGUGCAAAGAUGGAGAGCAGGGAACCUGGGCCGCUCCAACCCACACACUCCCCCUCUCCAACCAGAACUGUGGUCCUCCUCUUCAUCCUCCUCACAGGAACAGCGUCAGCAGCAGCAGAGAAUCGCCGCCACUUUGUCCGGAUGCAGGAGGUAGAGAUAGAGAGGAGGAGGAGGAGGAGGGGGAGAAGGGAAGGUCAACAUUGCUGGCACGAGUUCUGCACCACCAGGAGCCAACUCCUCACCCUCCCUCCCCUUGCCCGUCCAUCUCUCACUCCGUCUACUCAGACUCUUGCAACUCUAGUGAGAUCAACUUCAACAUACGGACAAGCUUUCCUCAAAACUGAACCUCCCACUCGUUCAAAUUCUGCUGUCUCAUAAAAUAUGCAUGAUGAGAUUCAUUUGGAAGUUUCACGUGCAGACACACACUUAAGACAAGACUAUGCAUUCCACAAUAAACACAUGAAAUGUUUGUUGGUAUGUUUCAGUGCCUCCGAGUGGCGCAGUGGCUCUGAGUCACUGUCUGUGAAGGGUGUUUUUGUCCUACAUCGUUCUCUGACUCACCCACGUUUGAAAGAUUGGAGCUAUGCUGUUUGAUGUCAACUCGCCAUCUUGUUGUCUUUGAACUCACCCAUGCCCCAAAAUCCCUAAAGCCACUGCUCGUUUGACCAUAUUUGGACGUGAGGAGGGUUGCUGAAAACUUAUUUGGGUGCCGUACUCGGAGACAGAAUCACUCACUUCCUCUCUUUCUUUCUCUCUCACACACACACACACAGGCUGAGGUACAGCGUCUACAUUUCCUCAGUUAAGUGGAUGAGCUAGAUUAGGUCUUAAAUGAGACUUUAUCUAAUCUCACACAUACUGUAAUCUACUCUUUAUCUGAGGAAAUUGUGUCUCGCUAUACACAAGAGAAGCGCACAAGGCCACACUCCUCUCACUCGACACCUACAUCCACGCUAUAAAUACCAGCUGCUGUUCUGUACACAUGCAAGUGUGGACUGGAGUGUUUUACUGUAAUUCAAUUUUUUUCUCUUUUUUUUUAGAAUUCAGUGUCAGCUCCUCUGCUUUUUCUCGAGUGUGGAGAGGUGAGAUCUUAAAGAAUUUCAAUCAGAUGGUGGAAAGAAAGAAAAGAGCAAUGAUUGAAAAAAGAAAGAAAGAAAACAGAAAAAAAUGCCAAAUCUGGUGAGGCUGAGUUAUUCCUGACGCAGCUUCACUGAGAAAAACGGCCCUGUGAGUGGUGUAACUGGAGCCUCACUCUCCCACCAUCCCGACCUUUCAUCUCCUCUCGCUUCAUCAUCUGAUUCCUACGCUUUAUUCAAAUACCCCAUCCUCCAUCUAAAUCUCUAGCUUCUGCAAAAAAACAGCAAAACAAUGCAGAGUAGAAUGGUAUCGGGUCCAAUUAAGCGAAAGCGAACAGUUUGAGAGGUAAAAAGGGGGUAGGAUUUUUAAUUAUCGCCAGCAUUUUCUCCUCCAGCCUCUAAUUACACAGGGGAUCAGUCUGAAGGUUUUUAUAGGUGCUCUAGGACUGCAGAGUAUUUCCUUGUUGUUCGGGCCCAUGCUGGGAUCCUGCCAUCCAGAUGACGACUGAGACUGAAGCGUACAGUAAUUUAGCAGCCGCACAUUUUACUCUCUAAAAAACAGCACCUAUCUUUUUUUCUCUUACACUUUUAGAGACUCGGGAGAAGGUUUAGUGUAGGUACAUUAUGCUGUUUUAAGAUGCUGGAUGCAUAUUUCAGUAGCAGGUAUCAGGCUAGAUGUGUCUGAAUCUUGCAACAAUCUGCAAGCAGCCUCCUUCGCACUCGUCGCUCAGAAAAGCAGCUCUCUCCACACAUAUACGAGUCCUCGCUGUGAGAGAUGCUCUGAUGUGAUUACACUUGGAGGAGAAGACACUGAAUGUCAGGGCUGCGACCAACGAUUAUUACUGAUUAAUCUGCAGAUUACUGUCACAUAUUUUUGCUUAGACUACCCGGUUUCAAGGUACAUCCAGUUUGAAGUAAUACAGCCAUGCAAUAAAUCUUCAUAAAGGUCAUUAAUGUUCAGUUUUAGAGGUAAUUUAUCAUUAUUGCUGCAAUAAUUCAAAACCAUUUUAAUAACAGAUUACUCAUUAAAGUAACUUUUUCAUGCAAACACGGCCAAAAUGAGAAAAUAUAUUUCUUUUUUUCCCCUAUUUUAUAUAUUAAAGCAAAUAUAUUUGUGUUGAUAUUUGUUGAUUUGUUGAUAUUUGGACUGACAAACAAGAGAUUUAAAGACAACACCUUAGACUCUGAGAAACUGGGUUGGACAUUUUCACUAUUUUCUGACAUGUUCUAGAUCAAAUGAUUAAAAAUGAGAAUAAUCAUUUGCUGCAGUCCUAGCUUGUAGUGAAGUUAGUUAUUGUGUCCAUGCUAUUAGCAGUAUAUCAAUGAGGUUAGGCACAAGUCACAAGUCUUUAAAUUGCUUCAAGCUGAUUGUUUUGUCACUGAAGACACUGAAUGUCAGGGCUGCGGCCAACGAUUAUUACUGAUUAAUCUGCAGAUUACUGUCACAUAUUUUUGCUUAGACUACCCGGUUUAAAGGUACAUCCAGUUUGAAGUAAUACGGUCCUGCAAUAAAUCUUCAUAAAGGUCAUUAAUGUUCAGUUUUAGAGGUAAUUUAUCAUUAUUGCUGCAAUAAUUCAAAACUAUUUUAAUAACAGAUUACUCAUUAAAGUAACUUUUUAAUGCAAACACGGCCAAAAUGACAAAAGAUAUUUCUUUUUUCCCCCCUAUUUUAUAUAUUAAAGCAAAUGUAUUUGUGUUUUGGACUGACAAACAAGAGAUUUAAAGACAACACCUUAGACUCUGAGAAACUGGGUUGGACAUUUUCACUAUUUUCUGACAUGUUCUAGACCAAAUGAUUAAAAAUGAGAAUAAUCAUUUGUUGCAGUCAUAGCUUGUAGUGGAGUUAGUUAUUGUGUCCAUGCUAUUAGCAGUAUAUCAAUGAGGUUAGGCACAAGUCACAAGUCUUUAAAUUGCUUCAAGCUGAUUGUUUUGUCUCAAACAUGAUACUGAGCUUAUUGUUAUGUUAGACAGAGAAAAGCCACAAAUCAUCAAAUUGUUGCUUAAAGGGACAGUCCUCCCCAAAACCAAAAGUACAUAUUUUCAAAUUCCCUGUAGAGCUUUUUAUCACUCUAAAUCUUUUUGGUGUGAGCUUCAGAGUAGUUGUGAGAGUAGUUUUGGAACUAGAUUGCACUCUGCUUGUGGUGCUCAGAGCUAAAAAAAAAAUGUUUUUUUCAAAAACUCAACAACAAUGUCUCUCUCCAGAAACCAUGACCCAGUUACUUGAGAUAAUCCACACAUCUUAUGAGCAGUUACAUGUGCAAAUCAUACGAGAAAGAAAAGAGAUAUUGCUGUUUUUUCAAAUGUAUAUUUUUUUCACACUUUCAUAGUUCCAUUAUAUCAGCAGACAUCUGUACAGCUGAUGUUUCCGACAUGUGACACCUCACACCGAAACAAUCUAGGCUGAUAAACCAUACCACAGGAAAAAUCUGUAUUUCUGACUUUGAGGUGACCUGUCCCUUUAAAUAAUUAUUCAAAUGAAUAAUCAAAUAACCAUCUAACUUUGUCAGUUUGAUCUGUUUUUUUCUUCACACACACAUGUUGGAUACAGUUCAAAUUUAUCAGCACCAGUCCUGCCAUGAAUCUAAAUAUCUGUGCACACAUGCAAUCUGCACUGCAGCAACACCAGAAAUCUUUGAGGUUUCUUGUGUGCGUGUGCAACAGUGUUGUUACAUAAUUCAGCAGCACACGUUUUUUUUUCUGCUGCAUUGAGAUAUAACUGAACCCCCUCCUCUGAGAGACGGAUGUGUUUGUGUAUUGAUACAUAUCGAAGCAGAUGGACAUGAGGCUGUAAGCUGCUUAACCCUGCGCUGACUCAGGACACAUGCAAUUUCUCUGUUCCUUAAGAGACAGAGGAGCUGUGAUCGACAUUUUUUGGUAUAAAAGAUGUGAGUGACUGAGGAUCAACCGGCUGGAAGAAGUGUUUUUAAACUCAUAGACUUUUACCUGUUACAGCAGGAAGUGGGAUUCAGUUAAGAAGUCUUUGUAAAAAAAAAAAAAAAAAAAAAAAAAGUGAGCAGCAUCAGCUGGAUGGAAAAUGUUUUUCACCACUAAAGAGGAGUUUUAACUUCGUCUGGCAUUCAAAACAAAGGGAUGAACUUUUAUAUGUAACAUUCACAUUGUAACUUCUGUUAAAACAAGCUAAUAAACCAAAUGACAUUUCUGACAUUUAAGAAGACAUAAAAUCUCUCUGGUGGCCAAACUCUGCACACCACCCCUAUGGAGUCUUCUUUUCAAAUUUGCAGCUUUUCCCCCUCCUAAAAAACUUUGGUUGUUUGAUCACCUUCAAGCUUUCAGCAGCUGUGAUCCAUGCAGAACUAAUAGCAGGUGCAUUCCUGACUAAUCCAAUUUUAGCCCCACGUCCGGCCUCCUCUGCAGUCCGUAUGCUGCAGUCGAUGGAGGAAGUCUACCGCUCAAAAUGAAAGGACUAAUAUUCAGUUUUUUUGUCAUCAUGCUGCUCACACCAGUUCAAGGUAAGACCGUGUGGUACCUUGUUUUAUACCAGGUGUACCUAAACUGUGUCUGCUGUUGAUGCUUCUCUGGCUUUUAUGUUUUCCCCCUUAACGAUCAACAACUAGACAUAAAAAUCGUAUUAAUUUCUGUUUCAUUAUUCAUGAGCAACAGCAACAGAAUCACCUUGAUCCUCUUAAUUUGUGAAAUUUCAUCAAGGAAUGUUUUAUGUCAUGUCCAUAGUGUCUAAUUCAACAUCCCUGCAAUAAAUUACAGCUGCAACUAA